AUGGGGGAGCAAUCCGACGCGGAAUUCAUAUUAAUCGACCAUAUUAUUGAGGCCUGGCAGCUGACCUCCCCAGAACCUGUUCCCUGCUUACAUCCCGCCGAUGAGCCCACUGGCACCGAGUAUUUUUGUCGUUUUGCGAUCCGCGGAGGAACCGAUGGGCGUUUAGCCUGCUUCACACCACUAAGCUCUGGACUCCUUUCACGCAAGUACCGUUGGAGUCGCCCUCGUUAUGUACAGUCAAGGCCCAGCAUUCUAGAUUUCAGUCCACGAGAUCUCGGACUCGCUGAGGGCUUUUACCAGGCUGAUUGCAAUGUCAUUGCCGGCUUUGGGUUCGACUCUGUGCUAGACAUGACUUGGAAGGCACGAUAUCCAGCAGCGACUGUUUAUGAUGAUCGUUCAUCUGUCGUCUUUGCUGGUAUUGAAUCCGGGCAGAUGUCGCCUCCUCGAGGCAUGACCACAGAUGUACUGAAAGUGGUUCUGUUGUCUGAGAAUCGACCGUUGACGAUUGGCACUGAUCAGGACUCCGAACACGGUCCGCUCUUCAAAACCUGCAUUGAAGAAUUCAGUCUCAGCACAAAAGACAUUGACUUCCUGCUCGUCACGAUAUUCCUACUGUCCGAGAAUGCGCUCGAGUUCAAGACUUUCCCGAUGACUACAUUUUCCAUGGAGCCGACACAACCCUCCACUCUCAAAUUUUAG